AUGCAGAAUUGUAGAAACCUUCUUUGUUCAUCAAGAUUGAUCAAACCUAGCUAUCAAAUAUCAUUUGAUAACGAAAAAAACAAGAAUCAUAAUACUGGUUGCAUAAUGCUUCUAAAGCUCUUAUAUCUAGUGCAACUCUUUUUCUUAACCGUAGCAUCUUCAUCAUCAGUUCCUCCAUUCUUCAGGACAAAAGCAGGGUGUGAUGCCAAAUGUGGUAAUGUUUCAAUUCCCUAUCCGUUUGGAAUAAUCAAUUCGAACGGGAAUGAUUGCUCAAUUGGGGGAACCGGGUUUGAUUACAGCAUUACUUGCAAUACUUCUUUUCACCCUCCCAAGGCCUUCCAAGGUACAGGUAAUCUUGAAGUCAUAGAUAUAACAGAAACUGAAAUUCGCACUAGAAACAACCCAGCUGCCUUAUGUUACAGUGAAUCCGGCAACGUCACGGUUGAUAUUUGGUGGGCAUCGAUGAACUUCACUGAAACACAAUUUACAGUAUCGCAUACAAAAAACAUGUUCUUUGGGAUCGGGUGCGACACAUAUGCAUCUAUAUAUGGGAAUAGGAAUGGGUUAAAAGAUUUUUCCAGCUCGUGUUCGUCGGAUUGUGAUAAUAGGGGAAGUGUGAUGACUGGGUCUUGCUUCGGAAAAGGGUGUUGCCGGAGUACCAUCCCCAAGGGAGUACAGGUGUUUACAACUAUGCUCGUGAAAAAGAAAACCCCAUGGCUGAAUGUUUCAUCGACCUGGUCUUUCGAUCCUUGUAGUUAUGCUUUCGUAGCUGAGCAAGAUCAGUACACAUUCAGUGCAUCUGAUAUCUUGGAUGGAAAUAAUUUCAUGAGCAAAGUGACAGAUGUACCUGUUGUACUUGAUUGGGCUAUAGGGAAUAAGACUUGCGAAGAAGCACAAAAGGACUUGGCAAGUUUUGUUUGCCAGGAAAAUAGUAAAUGCAGCGAUGUUGACAGCAAUCCUGGAUAUCUCUGCACUUGCAACAAUGGAUACGAGGGGAACCCUUAUCUCAGUCCUGGAUGCCAAGACAUAAAUGAGUGUGAGGAUCAAAACAACAAACCUUGUGUAGGGAUUUGCACAAACACCAUUGGGAGUUACAAUUGUUCUUGUCCAAAAGGGAGUCGUGGCGAUGGGAAGAGAGGUGGGAGUGGUUGCGUUCACAAUAAUGAAGGGUCUCCGGUGUUUAAGAUCUCUCUCGGUAUCGGUUUAGGCCUCUUGUUUUUAGUUAUUGGUAGUUCUUUGUUAUACCUAAGUUUGAGGAAAAGAAAGCAAAUCCUUCUCAAGGCAAAAUUCUUUCAAAAGAAUGGAGGUUUAUUGUUAAAGCAGCAAACGUCUUCACAAGAAGGUGGCGGAGAAUCAUCUGCAAAGAUCUUUACAGCAGAAGAACUAAAACUGGCAACCAACAACUAUGAUGACAAAUUGAUCCUUGGGCGUGGAGGUCAUGGUGUAGUUUACAAAGGAACUUUAUCUGAUAAUCGUGUUGUUGCCAUAAAGAAAUCAAAAAUAGUUGAUGAGAGUCAGAUUGAAGAAUUCAUCAAUGAGCUAGUCAUCUUAACUCAGGUUAACCACCGAAAUGUUGUGAAGAUUUUGGGGUGUUGUUUAGAGACUGAAGUCCCCUUACUUGUCUAUGAAUAUGUUUCUAAUGGAACCCUCUCUCAACAUAUCCAUAUCGCUAAAGAUGGAAUGUCAUCAUCCAUUUCUUGGGAAAGUAGGUUGAGAAUUGCAGCCGAAACUGCAGGCGCAAUUGCAUACUUACACUCUGCAGCUUCUAUACCCAUUAUUCAUAGAGAUAUUAAAUCAGCCAAUGUACUGUUGGAUGAAAAUUACACAGCAAAAGUGGCUGAUUUUGGAGCAUCAAGGUUAAAUCCGUUAGAUCAAAAUGAAAUAGACACACUUGUUCAGGGGACCUUAGGUUAUUUGGAUCCAGAAUACCAUCAUUCUGGCCAGUUGACAGGUAAAAGCGAUGUUUAUAGUUUUGGUGUAGUUCUUGUAGAGCUCCUAACAGGAGAAAGACCUAUAUCGUUGGAGAGAUCCGAAGAACAACGUAAUAUCGCAUCAUAUUUCAUUUCAUUGAUGAAAGGAAACAAUGUGCUCCAUGUCCUUGAGACUCGGGUUGUGGCUGAAGGGAAUAGAGAGCAAGUCCUUUCAGUUGCAAAACUUGCAAAGAGAUGCCUCAGUUUGAAGAGUGAAGAUAGGCCUACAAUGAAAGAAGUUGCUAUGGAGCUAGAAAAUUUGAUGAAAUCGUCAUCGUCAACACACACAUCAAUGCAAGAUAAUUAUCGUAAACACAACGAAGAGCCAACAUAUUCAACAUCUGAGCCAACAGAUUUAUAUACAGUACCAAUAGGCCACUACUCACUCGGUGAUUCUGACCAGUUCAGUACAGAAAGAGACAUGUCAAUGUCAUCAUUUAAUCCACGAUGAUUGUAUUAUGCACAUAUAUUACCUUGUAUUCAUUAU